AUGCAUUCCAUGGUAUUCCUUGUGGCACUCUCCAUCUGCCUGACGACGAUGAUGCCAGUCCUGUCCCAGCCACAGCCACAUCCACUCGCAGCCGCUGCAGGAGAAGCAGUUCCAACCACAGUCAGACCGAAACUCAUCAUCGAAGAGGAGGCAGAGCCGAUGAUCUAUCAGCGCAUCACCGAACACCGUCCGAUCGCGUUGGGCCAGAACUAUUACAUCAAGCCGGGACAGAUAGUUGGCAGCAUUAACCUUGGCUCGCAGAGCGUUCAUGUGAGGCAUGAUGAGGAGAGCCGCAAGCCCAUAGCCAGCAAGCACAACAUCCUUUUUGUGGCAUAUGCCAAGGACUUGCUGAAAAAUAGCCAGGCCAAGGAGUAG